AUGGAUCAGCCAUAUGGAACGUGUGAAAGACAUGCUGAACAUAAAAUUAAGAGGUUGGGUACAGGACAUGCAAUCCUUCAGCAAGCAGACAGGCAGCCACUGCUGAGUCAUCGCUUACUGGACUAUCAAGAGCCGCAGCUCUCUUUUCAUGACGACUUUAGUGAGGUGUGUGAGGACGAACAUCCAGAGGCGUCACAAAUGUUCCAUCUCGCCGAUGCACUGUACGCCUUCUACCGUGUGAGCUGGUUCCUACUACCAGUAUUCACAAGUUUUCAUAAUGCAACCACUGUAGAUGAGGAGUGGCAGCUGGAGGACAGAAGCAACGCUACGCUCUACGUGGAUACUGGCUGCAUGCAACUGCUGGCCAACGCCCUGGACCAUCCCACGUGUCCACUGGAAGAUCUGCCUCCAGAGGCCAUCGAGCAGCGUGAGCGGUGCCGCGUGCAGCUGUGGAGCGACAUGGUUCAGAGGUCGCCCUACUUACCCGUCACCAGCUACCUGGCCUACACGCAGAGGGCAAACGUCAAGCUCUGUCUACUGGCCUGGAUGACUGCCAACUCGCGCGGCAUUUGUCAGGACGUCCUCUUUAGUAUGAUACAGUCAGUGCACGAUGCUCGCUGCUACUUCGAUAGUCCUGAUUACCUAUCGUGUCUGCAGUCGAACGAUACAGAUGCCAUCUGUUCCGUUUCCAGAGCUACUCUGUUGCUAAAGUGUCGCGAUUUUUCAUUCCUUCAGCCACCGAACAUAUGUACUGUCGAUCUUUACAAAAAUGGAUCAUACUCAGCUAUAUCCAAAGGAAAGUGGACAGUAGAGACCGACAAAUGGUUUGGAAAGGCAACAGAAAGAACACGGAGAUAUAAAGACAGUUUAAAUAGCGCAACUUUUAAAUACAAGGAUUUUAGAAUCGACAGCUUAAAACCUUUAGAAAUUUCAUUUAUAGCGGUAAAUAUUCUUUUUCGCUUUUCAACUGCUGGAAUAUAUAUGUACCUUCCCCCUUUACGUAAUUUGCCUGGAAAGAUAUUAUUGUGCUUUCAGAUCACUGGUAUAAUCCAGAUCCUGUGUUCUGAGAUCGUGUACCGUAUGGCAGGUGCCCUCAACUUGAGCACUGUGGUGUUGUUAGAUAGCGCCCUCACACUUCUCAGCUGCAUCUGGCUAAACUCAUUCUGCUACCAAAUGUACGCAUGCAUUCGUCAUCUGAGGCUCCCUAACGACCUACUACCUGCUGAAGCAAGAAAAGUACUCCGUCGUCAGGUGCUGUUUGCCCUAAUACCCUGGAGUGCAGUAUGUGCAGCAUGUGCUGUUUUGGAAAAAACGAGCAAAUAUUAUUUGUUCCACAGUCGAAUACUAUUGAUGGUGGGAAUUUUAGCCUCAGUAGCUUUCAACUUGGUUUGUCUUGGACUAGUGGGCUUCAUGUACCUACGUACUGCGAAAUCCAUGACUCAGCUCAGGAUUUACAGUAACAAUAAAUUCGUCUCAAAGAAAGAAAUUGUUUUUAUGACAGUUAAAACUGUCUUCUUAAGUGGAGUAGGUGUAAUUAUUAGAAUUGGGCUCCACCAAGCACAAGGUAUUGCACAGUUUGUGUACUACGUGCAUUUAGCUACGAUGUUGCAGGGACCACUGCUGUUCGUUUUCUUCAUUUGCAAAGGAACAACACUACCUGCGCUCAUGAACAGCGUGCUGUCGUGGUGGAGACCGGACGUCAUGAGGCCAGACCAGGAGCUGUGCUCGGCGGCCGAGAGGAACCUGGAGAGGAAGGGACGUGAACGGUCUCCGGCUGCAGAGUCCUCGCUGUAGAGUCUUCGAGUUUUCUUCUCGAACGACUGUCUUCCUACAAGACUGUACUAACUCCUAUUUGUACACGAUAGCCUCUGUCUACGUACUUUAAUUCACUGUGAGUAUUUACUAAAACUGAAUCUCCGGUGAAAAUAAUAGUAAAGUUCCUGCCCUACUUUUUCUGUCCGGUCACGCAAUGAAAUAUUAACACAGAGUCAAAAUUUAAUCAAGGAGAUUUAAUGGUAUGUUUAUAUGUGUUGCCUCAGUUCUUUCAGAGAAGUUCGAAAUGGCAGACACCACCAGUAUAAAUAUGUACCUACACCGCUACAGCGAAAUAUUAUCUUGUGUACAGAUGCAUUCACUUGUAUGAACUCUUGCAGCUCUAAAAUAAAUAGCUCAGGGCAAGCAGGUAUAAUAGACGGAGAACAUUACAUUGCACUUAGUACCGAGUAGGAAUCUGGGCUCGGUGGCAAGUGUCACCAGAGUUCCGAUACGGCUUGAGUGGUUCCAGCUCACACGCCGAGUGAGCAGGUUGUCUUACUUCCACCUGCACCAUAGCGCCACGUGUGUCGAACCUGUUUUCACUCAGUCUUGUGUGUGUGCUUGUAUGUGUGUGUAUCGGAGGGCGUAGCAUCGGUUUGCCUGAUGGCACUCGCUGUUGGUUUGUUCCCUGCCCGCACCACGAUGUCUGUCAACUCUCCCUCGAACAUUCCUCGUCAAGGUGAAAUUCUUUUCAGUUUUGACAGAAGUACGAGUCAUGUUCAGCCAGGCUCUUUAGAAAUUCACGAUUGAUUGGCUGAUAUGAUUCAUGUUAUAUCUGAUCAGGUAGAUACUGCUUAUUUUUACGCUGUUUCGUAUGCAUUUUCUUGCGAAGUUCCAUGACUCCUUGCAACUACAGUGGCUUCUCACUAGGCUUGGUUCUCAGGUGAUCUUUACUCUCCGUGAUGACUCCAUUAGCCCAGUCUUUUCUGAAUAUGAGACGUUCGAGUAUAUUCCGGUCAGAGUUUGAAGUUAGCCCUGUCCAUUCUCGUCUCUCCUAGAAGGUGGUGGCGGAGGGUGAUUCUUCCCGUAGUGGUGCUUUGAAUUCUGACGAUCUUGUCCUUAGAGGGAUGGCUUGCUUGUUUAUUUUGAUGUUGGAACGCGUGGUGUAUCUGCGUCGUCUCCUCCAUCUGUAGAGGCGUCUGUUCCAGAGGGUUCCGGUGAAUUAACGGAGACGUCGUCUGCUAUUCUACCUGUAGUGCUGUACUACCCCUUCCUCAUUCUGAUAUGGUGGAGCAAGAUGUUACUAUGGAUUUUGUCCUGGGUAAUCAGAAGACGCAGAGGUAAUCGGUUGAUGAAAGUUUUGGCGCAAAGAGCAUUUACGAGUAAAAUUUACAGGUUGGAAUCGGAGAAUUCAAUUUUGCAGUUUUCCCCACCAAAUUCUACAUAAAUACAACGAAAACAAAAUGUCAAUCAAACCUGAACUAUUUAUGAACGUAGCAAACUAUAGUAAAGGACAUUUCAAGUUCAUUACAAAGAUACAAAACAUUUUAAAUUUAUUCAAAUUCAAUAACAUGAAUUCGACGUUUUUCAUUUUUUUACCAUCAUAAAUAAAUUGUAAUCCUACAAUUGUGUCUAAUUUAUCAGCUUCAUUUGUAAAGGUUGAAGUAUAUCGAUCUGGAAGAGUAAUUUUAUAUUUAUCAUCUGAAAGUAAUAAAACUUUAUUACUAAAUUUAGUUGGAAAACUUCAGGAUUUGAAAUAACAUAAGAUUUAUGUUUUUUCAAUUCUCAUAGUUUAGUGAACACUUCUGAGCAACCAUUACUGUAUGUGUUAAGUUCAUUUAAUAGAUUUUCAAUGCUUCGAUACAUGGAAAUUUUUGUAUAUACGGAAAAAAUUUUAAGAAUAAAAAAUUAAAUUGUGUUUUUAGUUUC